CCUCCAUUUUAAUGAAUGAAAACUGUAAUAUUCCGACAGAUGAAGACAAGCAAGAUGGCGCUGGACGGUCAACACGAAGGAUUCCCAAGUCCAGAUUCAUUGACGAUAGACAACGGACACGAUGGACUGGAGACCCUGGUACCCGGUUAUUCGAUGGAGGAGCUCAAUCAUGUGCAACAUUUCAUCGAGCUGACCAAGAAGAACAUUCAGGAACUUUUGGCAAAGUUCCCUUCCGGCCCCAACCCCCCUUCCAUCUUCGUUGAGGAGUAUGAAGAGCUGACGGAAAAGCUGAAUGAGCUACAGGUGCGCAAGCAGGAGCUGCAGGACUGCAUGAGCAAUGGCCGGCAGUCGCCCUCACCGGUCCCCUCCCCGUACACCCCUGAGCCCGGCCCGCAUUACCCGCACUCCCUCAAGACGCUCACUGCUACAGACGGGCCCUUCGCGCAUGGUCCUUACAGGCCACUAGAGGGCGCUGUCCGGACCCACGUCGGCGACGAUGCCUACGUUGCCAAGGAGAUCCCGACGUCGCCGCCUGUCAGCAAGUACGUGCGGGCUUCCUUGCCCAACAAGCAGAGAACAUCAGUACUUUGCAAGCCAGGUACGACGUUGCGAGACGCCUUGGCCAAAGCCAUGAAGGUGAGAGAACUGACGGUGGAAAUGUGCAAUGUCUACAAACGCCAGCCCAGGCAUCCAGUAGCGUGGGACACGGACAUGAUGUACCUAGCUGGGGAAGAAGUUUGCGUUGAGGUGUCUGAACAAUAUCCCACAGCACGGAGCAUAUCCCACAAUUUUGUCAGGAAGACAUUCUUCACGCUAAUGUUCUGCGACAACUGUCACAAGUUAUUAUUCCACGGUUUCCGGUGUCAGACCUGCGGCUACAAGUUCCACCAGCGAUGUGCCAGCAAAGUGCCCACGCUGUGCGUCGCUGAGAACCUGUAUAAAAUGCUUCUAAUGAAGAAUGUCGACGAGGACGAAGAUCCGUACGGCGAAGAGCCGGAGUCUCCCUCCACGCCCAUCACAACAGAUCCCCCCAAGGCAACGCUACCCAGAGAACGGUCCACCUCAGCACCUAACGUCAGCUUCAACGCCGUCAAUGCAAUCUCUAACGAGGCGUUCAGCGACUCAAAGUUUGUGUUUAAACAAAAUCCAGCAGAUCUUGGAGCCAGACACACGCACGCAGUAAGCCCUGCAGUGAGUGUGGCCCGGCCGCGCCAAAUUAGCUUCACGCCUACCAUUCUGAGCGCUGGGCGCGAUACUGUCUUUGAUUACAGCCCAACCAGUGCACUACCUGCAAUGGCCAGUCUAGCCUCCAGUCUACCCAACUCAGUGGUCCACAGUCCCAAUAAGAUCGUCUCCAACAACCAAGCCUCUCCCACACACCGGGAUCGGUGGAAGAACAGAGGCCCGCCUAGCUCCACCAGCUCAGCUGAAGACACCAAAAUCAGGAAGCCUAGGCAAAGACGGGAUUCUAACGAUGACUGGGAGAUCCCUACUGAUGAGAUUCUGAUGGGUCCACGGAUAGGAUCGGGAUCGUUUGGAACGGUCUUCAAGGGCCACUGGCAUGGUCCCGUAGCCGUCAAGCGGUUGAACGUGACGGACCCCACGGCCUCCCAACUCCAGGCCUUCAAGAACGAGGUGGCCGUCCUGCGUAAGACCCGGCACGCCAACAUCCUCCUGUUCAUGGGCUGCACCUCCAAGCCCCAGCUGUCCAUCGUGACCCAGUGGUGCGAGGGCUCCAGCCUCUACAAGCACCUGCACGUCCAGGAGACCAAGUUUGAGAUGUACAACCUGAUCAAUAUCGCCCGGCAGACGGCGCAAGGCAUGGAUUACCUUCACGCCAAGAACAUCAUCCAUCGAGAUAUGAAGUCAAAUAACAUUUUCUUGCACGAUGAUCUGACGGUGAAGAUUGGAGAUUUUGGUCUGGCCACGGUCAAAUCAAGAUGGAGUGGUUCUCAGCUCUGUGAACAACCCACUGGCUCUAUCCUGUGGAUGGCCCCAGAGGUUAUCAGAAUGAGAGAUCCCAACCCUUACUCCUUCCAGUCGGACGUCUACGCCUUCGGAGUGGUGCUGUUUGAGCUGGUCUCCGGUCAGUUGCCUUACUCCAACAUCAACAACAAGGACCAGAUUAUCUGGAUGGUCGGGCGUGGCUACCUGUCACCGGAACCAAGCAAGGCAAGGAACGACACGCCCAAAGCGCUGAAGAGACUUAUCGUAGAUUGCUGUAAGAUGAACAGAGAUGAGAGACCACUAUUCCCACAGAUCUUGGCCUCAUUAGAAGGCUUAGCCCGUCUCCUUCCCAAAGUGCAUCGCAGUCACUCGGAGCCCUCCAUGAACCGGGCCCGCUUCCAGACCGACGACUUCAUGUACUGCCCCUCCCCGAAGACUCCCAUCAACAGCCAGUUUGGUGCAUUCCCCUUCUUCACCGGAACAGGAGGGCUAUAGGUGUUAACAAAACAAAACAAAAAAAGAGACCAGAAAUAUUGCCGAGACUUUGUGUUAACCUCCAGACGUUGCGUGUGGGACUUGGUCUACAGGCAAUUCACAGUUGUACGUCUUGCGAAUGUGCAGCAGAUUUGAAGUCGUGAAAAAAUUGUAGUGACUUUCGCCGGAGUUGAAAUGCCUUCCAGGUUUGCGGACUCCUAGCAUGAAAAACUUGAUGGUGACGUCACAGAUUUGAAUUCGCGCCGAGUUGGAUCGUUAUGUCGCUGUUGCAAGAUGACGAAAUGUCUUGUGGUUCGAGUGAACGUACUUCAGUUUUGAAUCGCUGAUUUGGGGAGCGACAACGAAUCAAGUGCCGUUUGAAUAACACAGGAUGGGUGACCACAGAAGGCAAUCACGUUAUGUUAAAAAGAGAACACAGAUUGACUGAUUACUGAGAUCUGUGGUGAAGGUCUGGAGGUGCAAAGUGCGGGUGGCACUACCGGUACUUAAAAACAUCUGCGGCAAAUUCUUACCGUUGGACAGGAUUUAUCUUUUUUUUAUGCAUUUUGUCCAAAGUUUUUAAUGACACCGUGCAAAAAAAAAACUGCCUUGGAUGCAUGUAUAAAAAUAAAACUAGAAAAGACAGUUGAACUCUUGGAGAAAAUUCCUUGGCAUAAUUGAGUUAAACGACUGUGCCUCGCUACAGAACGUGGCUGCGGAGAUGAAACAGACGAGUUGGUGGUUUUUGACAAUAGCGAGUCAAAUUAAAUGUUUGUACUUCAGGGGGAGUGUAGUCUCCGUGCACAAGUACCCCCUCACUGAUGACCAAGAGAGAGUAUGGAGGGACCACUGAUAUCACCACAGGAGAGACACUGGGGCCCUACACCUACCCUUACCGCUCAAGUGAGAAUGCUAGACGUUAGCGCACAUUUAAAUCAGACAUUAUUCGUGCGUACUCUCUCUCCCAAGGAGCUCUCGUAAGCAGUCGAAAAGCGCCAUAAGUGGAGUUCUUCAGGACACACCUGCUGCUCGUCGGCGGAUAACACACACUAACGGGAGUUUAGUUGGUUGCUGAACAGACAGAGAUCGCUGGAUGUUUCUUGCAGUCCGUUUCUGAUUUCUUUUUGCCAGGAAACCGAAUUUCAGCAUCUGAGAACAUUGAUGCAUUACUUUGUUUUCCAUUGUGUAGAGAAAAAAAAACAUUAUUGUGUAUACAAAGCUAAUCCAGUCUCUGUUUCCAACUACUCCAUCGACCACUCAGUCGCUCUGACACUCACGUAGGGCCCCUUCAAUGGUGAAAAGCAGCGUGCCAGAUAUUGUUUAGAGAUUCCGUCGUGGGGCCGUGGCUUUGUACAAUUGCACGCACAAUGCUUUUGCCCUUGAAGGAGGCCUACGUGAAUGCUCGGUUAUAGUGUGUUGGAUAGGUCCAUACUUUGCCUGUCGCGUCCCUGGCCUGAGCCGAAAUGGUGCAGUGUUUGAAGCUACCGAACAGGUGUUGGGCUGCGACAAAAUUGAUUGAACAUCCACUUCAUGUCACUUUGAUAUUAACAUGUUGCCUGUCUAGACAACUUUUGGCUUUUUUUAAUCAUUUGGUAAAAUGUGGCAAUCAGUUGGAACAACGGCCAAUACUCAUUUUAAAUGUUUUAAAUUAUUGUACAUUAUAAUUUUUUUUCAAAAGGAUAGGUGUAAUUUUUUUGAGAGGAAUUUGUUUCUUUUUACCGGUGUGCUACGGGAGAACGUCAAGUUGUAAUUUAUUAGUGGAUGUUUUAUAAACAUAAUUUUUUUUUUAAUUGUUAAAGUUGUAAAUGAAUUUUAAGGAGCAAUUUCAGUCUAAAUGAAGUGAUAUGAAAUUACAAAGAAAUUGGACGAAUUGUGGGCUGGCCCCACCAAAUUGACUAUAAAAUUCCUCCGGUCAUGAUGGCGACUUCAGAUAUGGAGUGGAAUUUUUAAGAAGAAGAAAAAAAAAAGUGGUUAGAAUUUUUUCAUGAACUCAAUUGCAUUUGCUUAUGAUACAUGUGUACAAAGAUUUAUUGCAUAUAUACUGCCGGUUCAGUAUUUAGAAACUUAAAACAAACAAAAACAUGUGCUACAAUUAACCUGUGUAUGCCUUUACUAACAUAAUUGUACAGUUUCAACCAAAAAAAAAAUAAUCCAGAGGUUUAAUGAAUUGGUAUUUAUUUUACGGGCAGUAGUAGGUGUCGUAUGACUAUUGGAAAUUCAGAUAUGAGCGUGCAUGGUUUAAGUGUUAAUGAGUGGCCACACAUUGUGGUUAACAUACAUGUACAGAAUAUAUCCCCAAAAUCUGGCAAUUACUAAAUGGCUGUUAUUCAGUCAUCGUGCAGGCAUGCAACUUUUCCUCGGAUCCGCUGAUUUCCUCGGUUUUUUACUUCUCAUGAAUGCCAUUACUAAUUGAAAAACACUGUACAAACUCUAGUUUGGUUUGGAGUUGCCUCGUUUUUUUUUCUUCUAAAUUCCCAGUUGCAUGCCCGAACGUGAGAGAAGAAAAAGGACCACUUUUGUGUUUUUGGUGGGGUAAAAAAAACCUUGAACCAUGUAUGAAAAUGUUGAUAAAGAGGCAAAUCUUUCAAAUUUGUUGGUAGUGUAUUUGGCGGUAGACUGUUCUGAAGUUGUAAAUCCCUGCUCUUUUUAAUAAGUUGUACUUGUCUGUUUCAAUCCUUGUUUAUUCUUCCUGAUUAACGAGGCUUGAGUUUGAUUGUCCAAACCAAUAUUGAGCUUGGCAGAAACUGGGGCAUCGUUUUAAAAUUAGAGAAGUAUAGCUCGCCUGUGUUGCUUAAACAAUCGGGCUGUGCAUUGGAACUGGUACCCGAUUACUCAACCGCCGAUGUCUGGAUCUGGUUCCAGAUUAGGGGGAUUGGGUACCCUUAACCAACUUUACAAAUUACUUAGUAACUUCUCAGACAAUGUAAAAGAAAGGUAUUGAAUGUCAUUUGUGGGGAAUUUUCAAAAUGAAUACGAGGCUUCAUGGGGAAAAACAAAACAAAUUUCAAGUUAAUGAUCCUCCUGAAAGUUGCAGCUUGCACUGUAAAGCUAUAAAUCUCACUGUACACGCUUGUUUCUUGCUGUAUUGACGCACCGAUGUGGUAGCAUUACAGUGCGAACCUUUAUGAACAAUACGAACAGCAACUUCCAAGAUGCGAAUUUUGGGUUUGGGUUUCUGUAACAGGUACCAGGACAACCGUGUUUUUUUUUCUUCAAUCGGGUACCCCAUUCCUGUACUUACCGUAAAUGCACACCCCUAUUAAACAAGGGCUACAGUGUUGACCAGCAAGGGAUUUUUAACAAAUUUGUUCCGGAGCCAAUUACAUGGAUCUGGUAAGCACAGAAUUUCCCAAUCACACAACAGAUUUGCUCAGCUAUGAAAGGUUACCAACCAAAAGUGCACUGCAAUGUAUAAUUGCUUGUGAUCAGUUCCAACUUGAUUUUGGCUAAGCGCAUUAGUUUGCUAAGUGAUGUUUUGGUUUUAUAAUUACACCUGCAAAAAAUCUUAAUUAAUUGGUUGUAGCAGGAAAUAGAUGGGUUUUUCGGGAGUCGGGAAGAAAAUGGAAUGAGGAGUUACUUUGCAAAUUGGAGAAUCAAAAAUGUGACUUGUCAUCACAAAAUGAGCUUUAAGUUUGACUUUU